AUGAAUAAUUACAUGACCAACAGUAAUCCCACUAUUUCUCAUCCUCUUGAAAAUCCAUCCUCUCCCAACACAACAUCAUCCACUACGGGAAUUCCUUAUAAUAGUUCCAUGCAUAGAAGCAUCUCACAAGCUUCGGGCCUCGGACAACAACCAUUGCAAGCCUUUACAUCAUCACCCUCGGUGGGCGGAUCCAGUGCUCUUCAUUCUUCUCAUUCUUCCUCUAAUUUAUCUUCUCCACUUUUGAGUAGUCAUAGUAGUCCUACAUUCCUACCAAGUAGUGUUUCGGAUCAUCCAACAACAGCUACAACAACAACACCCACCAAUGUACGUUCAAGUACCAUGUAUGGAGUUGGAGCCAUAUCAUUAUCUCAACAAGAAGCAGUCAAAAACUUUUUAAAGAAUCGAGAAUUUCCUCCGCGUUUAGUGAAGAGAAUGCAAGAUAUUAAAGCACCAUCGUUGGAUGGAUGUGUGGAAUUGGGACAAAGUGAAUCAUGGAAAGAAAUGCUCAAAUUGUGUGAGAAACAAUUGCAAUUGCCUGGAAGACCACAUGAGUUGUUACAAUGGAGAUUGUGCCAAUUAGUGAGCUUACUUCGAUUAAAUAUUGGUGAUUAUGCUCAACAAUGUGUGGAUAUGAUGGGAGAUUUAGAAAAUAACUCGAGUUACUUUUAUGAAAAGUAUCCAAAUAUUUAUAAUACAAGUGGUGCCAACAGUAGAUCUGGAAAUAUGAUGCCUUUCAGUAUUCUCAUUAUCAAGGCCAUCAUUCCAUUGAUUCAAUAUUUACGUAAUCCUACAAGUCAACAACAACAGCAACAACAAGUGAUUCAACAACAACAAUCGAAUCCGAAUUUACCUCCUCUACCAUCUGUGACGGAUGGGUCAGCUAUUGCUAUGGAUCGAUUGUAUGCUCUUCUAAAAGUUUGUUCUGAUCAAAUCAAAGACGAGAACGGAAAGCACACUGGUGGAAUUUUGUAUAGUAAGAGAGCUAAAAUGCAUUCUAAAAUAACCAUUUCAUAUACACCAUUUGAAGGAUCACAAGAAGAAUGGAGAAUUAGAGAACAACGAGUCGUUUUCUUUAUUGUGACAUGUCACAUUGCUAGAAAAGAGUAUUAUCUGGCUCUUCAACUGUCAGAAAAGAUGUUAAAAUAUUAUGCUCCAAUGGAAAAAACAGAUUUUGAAUCCUAUCAAAGAUUGGAGUCUUUAGUUGGAUGUCUUUAUUUGCAACAGGGAAUUUUGAAGCCAGCGAAAGAGCACUUUUUAAAUGUUGAGAAAAGAGCUAUCAAUCCAGAACGAUCAGUCAUUGUUCGGUCCAAUAAUGGCUACAUGAAAUUUGCAUUGGGCUAUUAUGCUGAUGCUUGUAAAGAUUUUGAUUUUAUUUUGAAAGAAUUAGAUCCUUUCUGUGUUAAUGCAGCUAAUAAUAAGGCCAUUUGUGAAUUGUACAUGUGCGAGCUUACCAAAGCUAUUGAAACUCUUGAAGAAUUCAUUCGACAAGAUCCGUCGAGAACCUUGGAAGAGACCCUUGUACAUAAUCUGUGUAUUUUAUAUGAUCUGGAGAGUACAGAAAGUAAUGAAAAGAAAAUGGUUAUUUCAUCGUUGGCUCACAGAUUUAGAGGUGACGAUUUUGUAAAUUGGAUGAUUAAAUAG